UAAUGUAAAUAUCUAAAUUAAAAUAAAUGCUUACAACUAGAACUUGUGAGAAGGGGAAAUACCCCAUUACCCACCACCUUAAGCAAUUCUGCUAUCGUUUUCAUCUUCUUUCUUCUUUCUUCUUCCUCACAUCUCCAAAUUUCUCCAUUUCCAUUCCCAAAGAAUUAUGAGUUACCCUUACGGCUACAACCAUCCUCCGCCCGAAACCUACCCUCCUCCUGGGUACCCUCCACCGCAGCCUGGAUAUCCCGGCUAUCAGCCACACCCGCCGCCACCGCCGCAUCAAGGCUAUCAAGGCUAUUUCUAUGAUGGGUAUCAGCCAUCGGCCCCCCCUCCCCCUCCUCCUCCACCGCCUUGUCAUCAUCAGCACUAUCACUACGAUGAUCGAAAUGAUUGUUCCUCCUUCCUUCAUGGAUGCUUAGCUACACUUUGUUGUUGUUGUAUAUUGGAGGAGUGCUUGGCCUGCUUCCGAUAGACGAUUGCAAAAUAGUGUUUCUUCUUCAGUCGGUUCAGCCAUGCUGUGUUCAUGUCUUCUAUUGUGCUGUGUUCAUGUCUUCUAUUAUGAAUCGUCGCAUCACUUGAAACAAGAUUUGUAGUUUCUGGUUUGUGUGAUUGCAAACUAUAUCUGUAUUGUUUGAUAUCUAAAUGUUCUUAUUUACUUUUAUACAUACCUAAACAAAUAGUAGAUAAUACUAUUAUAGACUUGGAAUCCCUAUUGUUGUCAUCCAUAUCAAUUUCUUUAAGAUUUUGAUGCAUGGUUUCUGUGGAGCCUUGAUACAGAAAGCAGAAUAUGCUAUUUAGAACUUGGUUUGAUCCUUCA